AUGUGCGUGUCCGCCCUCGCUCUCCAGGUCCUUGCAAUAGCCACGAGCACUACAUCUCCUGAAGCACCCUCCUCACCAGGUGUCAUGUUCAUCUCUCUGCUGGUUAUCAUCGUACUGUCAGUGGCACUGGCUGUGGGGCUGCCUGGCAACAGCUUUGUGGUGUGGAGCAUCCUGGUAAAGAUGCGGAAGCGCUCUGUCACUGCCCUGCUGGUGCUACACUUGGCCCUGGCCGACUUGCCCGUAUUGCUCACUGCCCCCUUCUUCCUCUACUACACGGCCCAAGGCACCUGGACUUUUGGACUGGCUGGCUGCCGCCUGUUCCACUAUGUCUGCGGAGUCAGCAUGUAUGCCAGCAUCCUGCUUAUCACGGCCAUGAGCCUGGACCGCUCGCUGGCGGUGGCCCUCCCCUCUGCGUCCCAGAAUCGCACCAAGACAGUUGCCUGGCGGGCGCUAGGAGGCAUCUGGGUGGUGUCUGUCCGGCUGGCCACGCCCGUCAUCUUGUACCGCAAGGUGACGCUGGGACCGGACAACAGGAGCCUGGUCUGCUUACCGAAGUACCCCAGCGAAGCACAUAGGGCUUUCCAUCUGUUCUUCGAGGUGGUCACCGGCUUCCUGCUGCCCUUCCUGGCCGUGGUGGCCAGCUACUCCGACAUCUGGCGCCGGCUGCGGGUCCGGCGCUUCCGCCGCAGGCGCUGCACCGGGCGGCUGCUGGCCUUUAUCAUCCUGGCCUUCGCUGCCUUCUGGCUGCCCUACCACGUGGUGGACCUGGCCGAGGCGGUACGCGCGCUGGCGGGCAAGACAAUGGGGUCCGGGCCCGAGAGUCAGCGGCUGCACCUGGCCCAAGCGCUCAUAACGCUGGCCUUCCUGAGCAGCAGCGUGAACCCCGUGCUGUACGCAUGCGCCGCCGGCGGCCUGCUGCGCUCGGCCGGCAUGGCCCUCGUCGCCAAGCUGUUGGAGGGCACUGGGUCCGAGGCGUCCAGCAGCCGCCGCGGGGGCACCCUGGCCCAGACGGUGAGGGGCGCCCCCGCCUCUCCCGAACCUGGUCCCGCCGAGAGCCUCACUGCCUCCACCAACCCUCUGGAGCGAAGCGAAGUCAACUAG